AUCUGUUAUUGGUUACGCUUGUCAUAUGACUAUUUUAUUUCGGUAUUUUAUUGGUCGGUACCGAUGCGUCAAUGAACGUAUCGAUUGCUUAUUGGGCUAUUUUUCUGUGAUGUCAUUAGAAAGGGCAUGUUCGUAAAACGAAUGUUUUGGAGAAGGAAAACAAACAAAGAUGGCGGAGGAAGUGUUCUCGGGUCCAAGCGUUAGUAAUAAUGACAAUUCAAGCUCGUUAUCUAUAGUUAACCAGUCAGAAGCGAUAGAACCCGCUAAAAAGAAAUUAAGAACUGAAGAAUCAACCGAUCAUAAAGAUGAGAAAUUAGAACAUAGACUUGGGGGGAUAUUAUGUUGCGCCGUAUGUCUGGAUCUACCAAGAACAGCCAUUUAUCAGUGUACCAAUGGUCAUCUGAUGUGUGCAGGAUGCUUUACGCACCUGCUGGCAGAUGCCCGUCUUCGAGAUGAAACUGCCUCAUGUCCAAAUUGUCGAACAGUAAUCAGCAAGGAUUCAUGUUCUCGUAAUUUGGCAGUGGAAAAAGCAGUUUGUGAAUUACCUGCUGAAUGUCAGUUUUGUUCCAGGGAACUGCCAAGAGUACAACUUGAGCAUCAUGAAUCUGAACUUUGUGAUGAAAGAUUAACUAGUUGUCAGUUCAAUCGAAUUGGAUGCCAGUGGCGAGGACCAUAUCAUGAAUCGCAAUUACAUGAACAGCUUUGUGUUCAUCCUCAGAAAAGUGGACGAGAUGUAAUGGAAGCUUUGGCAUUAGUAGAUCAACAACUAUUACAAGAGAAACAGCUGUACAGUCGGAUAUUUGAAUUACUUUCAUUUGAAAAAAUUACAUUCAAUGAUCUACAGUUCAGGCCUUACAGAACAGAUGAAUUCAUUCAUAAAUUAUAUUAUGAAACAUCUCGUUUCACAGCUUUUAAUAACCAAUGGGUAGUCAAAGCUUUUAUUAAUGAUAAUCAACGUGAUCCUACCCAAUCCUGUGAAAGAAGUCUUACAUACCAACUUGUUCUCAAAAGUAAAGUCUCUAGCCCUCUUGGAAUUUAUUACAUAAUUCUAAAAGGUCCUUUUGGUGAUAUGAAAAUCCAUCCUAGAGUAUACACUUUUGAGUUUAACGAGAGCCAAUGUGAAAGUACCUAUCAGCCAUUUUCUUUAUAUGAUUCUGCUGAAUGUAACAGAUUACUAGCUGCCAAAGCUAUCAAUUUUCGACUCAUAAUGUUUCAGAUCCCAAAGUAAAUAUUCAAAAUUAUGUCUAAAUUACAGUUAUGUAAUCUAGUUCAUAAUAAAUGUCAAAAUUGAAUGUAUUUAUGUAUAUUUGUGAUGUGUUUAAAAAUUUUAUGUAAUUUACUGUUUGCUGUGACUAGAUAAAUCAAGAUACAUCUUUCUGGCAACCAUAAAUACCAUUUACAAUUGCCAUAAGUUAAAAAUAAUUUGCAAAAGGAAACAAAAAGUUACAUUUCUAAUAAAUAGCAUUUCAAUGAAUCUGUAA